AUGAAACAAGUUGAGUACUACUUUGGGGAUAUUAAUCUUCCGCGUGACAAGUUUAUUCAAGAAGAGAUGAAAAAAGAUAAUGGAUGGAUUCCUCUUUCUACUAUGCUUAAGUUUAAUCGUCUUGCUGCUCUAACUAAAGAUAUUGAAAAUAUUACUGCAUCGCUUAAAGAGUCUCAUUUGAUCGAAAUUUCUGAUGACAAUUUAAAAAUCCGUCGGAAUCCCGAGGUGCCGAUGCCUGAGAAUACUUUGGAGUAUUGGCAAGAAAUUAAACGACGAACUGUUUAUUUGAAAGGUUUUCCUCUUGAAACAACACUCGAUGAGAUCUCUGAAUUUAUUGGGAAGUUUGGCGAUGUUGAAAAUAUUUUGAUGAGAAAGACUAAAGUUGGAAAAGAUACUCCGCGAAUGUUCAAGGGCUCAAUUUUUGUUACUUUUAAAGACAAAGAUCAAGCUAAACGACUUGCGGAUAUUAAAGAUCUUAAAUUUAACGAAGAAUUUCAGCUCGUAAACAAAAUGCAAGAUGCCUACUGGGCAGAUAAACACGCUGAACGUGUUAAACAAAAGGAUUUGAAAAAACAGAUGAAGAAAACUCAAAUUGAACAACAAAACAAGGCGCAUUUUAAGAAGGGAGUUGUCUUGAAAAUUUGUGGUAUGAAGAAUGAGGACGUCAAUCAUGUAUCAUUGAUUGCUAAGUUAAAAGCAUUUUUUGAACCUUUUGGCAAACCUGCUUAUGUUAAUAUUGAAGGAAAUGAGGUUUUUUUGUUUUCUGAUACUUUCUCAAAACAAAUUUUAGGCGACGAUUCGCUUCUUUUCUGUCGAAGAAGAUGCAGCAAGUAG